AUGGCUGCAUCCAAGAAAAAAUCCAUGGAGCAACCAGACGUCUUCUACCAAGGGGCGGCUCCAGGAGGCCGGCCAGCCUCACCUUAUCAGCUUGGGAAGUGGCUGCAAAGGAGAUCAAUUCGUCAGGCACCCGCCCGAAACCAACAGGCCCAGACAGACCAGCAGAGCGACUUUAAGCCCCAGCCCCCACGCCAUGUCAGAGAGGAAGCAUCAGAGGAAGAACCAUCACUACAUUCACCUGAACCCUCCACCGGCACAGAGAUACACACCCCAGUGGAGGUUUCGGAUGCCUUGUACAGACAAUGGAUUCCUGACACCAACUUCAACAAUGUCACAAAUUGGGACAAGGGGAGAAUACCUUGUAAAACUGAGAGAGUCCAAUUUCCCAGAGAUAAGAGUUUAAGUGUUUUCGUGCAGCCACUGCUUAAUUUGAUGGAAAUGUCCAUACCUCUUGAUGGGGAGUUCAUCCUCAGCCAUGGUUCCGGAUUUGCUGCCAGUGAUGGUCAGAAUGAAUCAGGAUGUGAAAGAGGUGAGGUUAUCACUUUCAAAGACCCUAAUCAGUAUAAAUGGUAUGAUCCCAAAUAUUGGCACACAGCUUUAUCAAUGAGUGACCUGGAAAAUGAGAAAUACCUGUUCACUUUGGAUGAAGAAGGCAUCCCCUGCCAAUAUGACGAUGUCAUUUUCCAACCUGGAACAUCUUUUCGUGUGGACCUGGACAGUGAUAUACAAAUUAUCAAAGUUAAAACCAUUUCUAUAAUGGAUAGGAAAUUUGCCAGCAAUGAGGAGUUUACUGAGUAUAAGUGGUCAAAUACUGGAAAACUACAGUUCCAUGGAAAUGGUUCAAUCACUGUGACUAAUGCCAAGUGUGAAGAUAAAUCAGGCUGUGAAUGUGGUAACUUUGGUAAUCACAGAAGGAUUUGUUCCAAUCUGCAACAAGGAUCAGGAAGCCAUUGUCCAGGGCUUGGUUGUACAAAUCCAUUGAAGCCUAAAGGACACUGCUGUAAAAUAUGUGGUGCCAUUAUUUAUUUAGAAUAUGGUCCAGGAUUUGAUUUGGAAUCAUACCGGGCCCAACUCAUCCACUCGUUCCUUGGCUUGAAGAAAUAUAAAGGUGUACAGAUGUCAGUGACAAAAAUUUACAGAAAACAGUCUUCAAAGAAAAUCAUCCCCAUUGACGCAGUUCCUCGUAUUCAGAUCGUGUUAAUUGAUAAGGUCAAGUCAGCACCAGGAACACUUGCAGCUACAUUGGCACAAGAAAUUAUGAAGAUUAUCACCUCCCAAGAAAUGACACAUAAGUAUCAGGAGGAAAUAACCCUCAAUUCCAGGGUUGGAAAAUCAAAGCAGGAGUUGGGAAAGCUCAACCAGAUGUACAGCCAGACAAAACAGCAGGAGGAAGCCAAAAGUUACAAAAAAAUGACUGAAAAACUGAAGAAUGAAAAUGAGGAGGAAUUGAAAGGAAAAGCCAUAGACGUUUACAAGCUGCGAGUGGAAGUGAAACAAAUUAAAUCUUUACCAAAGACAGAGCUGGCCAACGGUGACAAAUUUGGAAUCACAAAUGCUGAACUCAAGAAAAGCACCAACAGUGAAGAACAGGAGGGAAGAAACAUGGGUGCUGGAAAAAUUGUUGGAAUUGUGGCUGGUGUUUUCAUUGCUGCUCUAUUAAUUGGAAACUUGAUUUACCUCAUCAUUUCAGGAAAAAUUAGGUGA